AUGCCCUCCAAUCGUACAUCUAUUACCUUUACCUGCAAGCUCGACACACUCAACGUGGUGACUGCCGUGCUUGCGAAGCACGAGGCUAACGACUACUAUGCAUAUGAGCGCGAAGAACACUGGUACGUUGGUCUGGGCGCAGAAUCAUCGUUGCUGGUCGACUCGCAGGGAAAGACCGUGACUGUCACUACAGGAUCAACAGAAAGACCCCGUGCCCUUGACGACUCUUCGAUCAGUGAUAUUGCACGAGAGUUCGUGGAUGCAAGUCUCGAAUUCGGUAGCAGGAUAUAUGGACAGGUCGGCUUCAACUACGCAGCGCAUAUCCGGGGUCAAACAUUCAACCGUGGCCAGUGGCCGCUGCUCAGCCUGAUGGUGCCACGCACCGAAAUCGUCUUCCAUGAAGACUCUGUGACUGUGACAGGGCUUCAUGAAGAGGAAGUGAGGAGUCUCUAUGAAUUCAUCAAGCAUGAUGCCGCCCGCGUGAACAUUGAGAGCUUGGAGAAUUUGAUCGAUGUGGACACGCAAACCGACACGGACUCCUACAUUGCUCGGGUGCAAAGAGCCCAGACCGAGAUUGCGCAGGGUCUAUACACAAAAGUCAUUUCAUCUCGGGCUGUCGGUUUCACGGACAAGGUGGAUUUCCCGGCGACUCUUCUGCACGGCCGCCGUGGGAAUACCCCCGCCCGGACCUUUUGCUUGAGUCAUGGCGACAAGAAGGCGACAGGAUUCAGCCCAGAGCUUGUGUUGUCAGUGAAGAACGGAAAGGUCACCACCGAGCCCCUGGCAGGAACUCGAUCGCGGCAAGGAACCGAGAAAGAAAUCGCACAACUGCGACAAGAGUUGCUGAACGAUCCGAAGGAGAUUGUUGAACAUGUGAUAUCAGUCAGAGAAGCUGUUCAAGAACUGAAGCAAUUAUGCGCACCUGAUACCGUCAUUGUCGAGGAUCUUAUGUCCGUGAGGGAGCGUGGCUCUGUUCAGCACCUAGGAUCUCGAGUUGCAGGAAUGCUGGCGUCCGACAAAGAUAUUUGGCACGCGUUUGAUACCCUGUUCCCAUCUAUCACAGCCUCGGGUAUCCCAAAGGAUGCAGCCAUUGAAGCGAUUCAGCGUCUGGAGAACCAGCCAAGAGAGCUCUAUUCUGGUGCUGUACUGUUGAUCGAGGGAUCGGAAACUCUGGAGGCGGCGCUAGUUCUACGGACUGUAUACCAGUGUUCAGAAAAGCAAUGGAUCCAAGCUGGGGCUGGGAUCCUCGCACAGUCGAGCCCGCAACGCGAACUGAUCGAGACCCAAGAGAAACUCGCCAGCAUUGCACCCUUCAUAAUGGCAAAUACUGCAGCUUAG